GAAUAUGAGCUUAUUUUUGCGCAAGCCAAACAUCGAGGGCAUCAUAAGAACCCUCGUGUGCGGACGCCGGCAGUCGAAGCGGCCGAUCAGCCAAAAGGAUAUAAUGAGUGUCUGCCAUAUGGUCCGCAGUGUCUUCCUGCAGGAGGCGAUGUGCCUGCGGGUGAAUGCCCCCAUCUGCAUUGUGGGCGAUCUUCACGGACAGUUUGAGGACCUCCUGCGCAUCCUGAAUAACUCCGGCCAUCCGCCACAGCAGAGUUACCUUUUCCUCGGCGACUACGUAGACCGCGGCCACCGCUCCGUGGAGACCAUCACGCUGCUCUUCUGCUACAAAAUCUGCUACCCGGACAAGAUCUUCCUGCUGCGCGGCAACCAUGAGAGCGAGGUGCUCAACCAGGUCUACGGCUUUUUCGACGAAUGCAAGCGCCGCUACACGGUCAAGCUGUGGAAGACCUUCGUCGACUGCUACAACUGCAUGCCAGUGGCGGCGAUCGUCUCGAAGCGGGUGUUCUGCUGCCACGGCGGCCUAAGUCCCCACCUGAGCUGCAUCGAGCAGAUCAACCAGCUGAAGCGCCCCACCGAAAUACCCAGCGAGGGCCUGCUCUGCGACCUGCUGUGGUCAGAUCCGCACCACACGGCAUAUGGGUGGACGCCGAACAAGCGGGGCGUGAGCGUGUCCUUUGGUCGGGACACGAUCGAGCGGUUCCUCGUUCGGAAUGACUUCGAUCUCAUCUGUCGGGCCCAUCAGGUGGUCGAGGAUGGCUAUGAGUUCUUUGCCAAGCGCCAGCUGGUCACCGUCUUCUCGGCCCCCAACUACUGUGGCAUCUUUGAAAAUUCCGGCGCCACUAUGAAGAUCUCAGAAAAUCUAACCAUUACUUUCGACAUCUAUCCGGCAAAGAACUCCACCCCACAUACCUCUACUUCGAUUCGGCUGGGUCCUCGGGAGAGUGGCAAAGUCUUCAGGGCUGCUAUGAGGAUUAAAAAUGCAAUUAAACCACCUCGCUUCCAACGCUCCAGUGAAUAUUAGUAUCGAUACCUAGGGUAUGCGAAAGUACUUAAACAUAUUUUGGCUGAGAAAUAAA